AUAUGGCGGGCCGGAAGUAUGCUUCUCGCGAUUCUUGGCGCAGGCGCGGGGGGUCGGAGUCAGCUGACCAGUGACAGACGGUGCAUCUGCAGUAGGAGGUGAAGCUUCCCUGCGCCGGACCUGUCACACGGAGCAGCGGUGACCCUGCACUGCAGGUUACAGCCCGGAUUUCCCCAGCACUGAGAUCCAAGCUCCUCGCAUCAGCAAAGCACUGACUGUACCAGAGACUGGGCAUCUGACAAGAUGGAUUUUUCCAAACUGCCAAAGAUCCGCGACGAGGAGAGGGAGAGCCAGUUUGGCUACGUUCAUGGCGUCUCAGGGCCUGUGGUCACCGCUUCCAACAUGGCGGGAGCAGCCAUGUACGAGCUGGUCCGUGUGGGGCACAGCGAGCUGGUGGGGGAGAUCAUUCGUUUAGAAGGAGACAUGGCCACUAUCCAAGUAUAUGAGGAGACCUCUGGGGUAUGUGUCGGAGACCCUGUGCUCCGUACCGGAAAGCCCUUAUCUGUGGAGCUCGGUCCGGGAAUCAUGGGCUCCAUUUUUGAUGGUAUUCAGAGGCCCCUGAAAGACAUCAGUGACAGCACCCAAAGUAUCUAUAUCCCCAGAGGUAUCAACGUGUCCGCGCUGAGCAAAGACAUCAAGUGGGAGUUCAACCCUUCCAAAAGUAUCCGGGUUGGCAGUCACGUUACUGGUGGGGAUAUUUAUGGUAUGGUGAUGGAGAAUUCCCUCAUUAGACAUAAAAUCAUGCUGCCUCCUCGCAAUCGUGGCACAGUCACAUACAUCGCACCCCCUGGACACUAUGACACAUCGGAUGUGGUGCUGGAGCUGGAGUUUGAAGGAGUGAAGGACAAGUUCACUAUGGUGCAGCUGUGGCCUGUGAGAUCUAUACGUCCAGUCACAGAAAAGCUGCCCGCAAAUCAUCCAUUGCUGACUGGACAAAGAGUGCUCGACGCUCUAUUCCCGUGUGUACAAGGAGGAACCACUGCAAUCCCAGGGGCCUUCGGCUGCGGUAAAACUGUCAUUUCCCAGUCCCUAUCCAAAUAUUCCAACAGCGACGUUAUCAUCUAUGUAGGAUGUGGGGAGAGAGGAAAUGAGAUGUCUGAAGUACUGAGGGAUUUUCCUGAGCUGACAAUGGAAGUGGAUGGAAAAGUGGAGAGUAUUAUGAAAAGAACGGCGCUCGUAGCCAACACCUCCAACAUGCCUGUGGCAGCCAGAGAGGCCUCUAUAUAUACAGGGAUCACCUUGUCAGAGUAUUUCCGAGACAUGGGUUACCACGUCAGUAUGAUGGCAGAUUCCACAUCUCGAUGGGCAGAGGCUCUCAGAGAAAUCUCAGGGCGUCUGGCUGAAAUGCCCGCUGACAGCGGCUAUCCUGCCUACCUAGGAGCCCGCCUGGCCUCUUUCUAUGAGCGUGCUGGACGAGUAAAAUGUCUGGGGAACCCUGAAAGGGAAGGGAGUGUCAGCAUUGUUGGGGCUGUUUCUCCUCCCGGUGGGGAUUUCUCUGACCCUGUCACAUCAGCGACUUUGGGCAUCGUUCAGGUAUUUUGGGGGCUGGACAAGAAGCUGGCCCAGAGGAAGCACUUCCCCUCUGUUAAUUGGCUGAUCAGCUACAGCAAGUACACACGAGCUUUGGAUGAAUACUACGAUAAACACUUUCCUGAGUUUGUGCCACUCAGGACCAAGGCCAAAGAGAUCCUGCAGGAGGAAGAGGAUUUGGCAGAAAUUGUACAGCUGGUGGGAAAGGCAUCCUUGGCAGAGUCUGAUAAAAUUACACUGGAAGUGGCCAAGCUCAUUAAGGAUGAUUUCUUGCAGCAGAAUGGAUACACCCCAUAUGACAGGUUUUGUCCAUUCUACAAAACUGUGGGGAUGCUGUACAACAUGAUCGCCUUCUAUGACAUGGCUCGUCGUGCUGUGGACACCACCGCUCAGAGUGAUAACAAGAUCACGUGGUCUAUCAUCAGGGAACACAUGGGAGAGAUCCUCUACAGACUGACCUCCAUGAAAUUUAAGGACCCAGUAAAGGAAGGUGAAGCCAAGAUCAAGGCUGACUAUGCCCAGCUAUUGGAGGACAUGCAGAAUGCCUUCCGGAGCUUGGAAGAUUAAGAGCUGCUGUUGGUCUUUCCAUUUCUGCCAUUUCAUCAUCUCAGACCUUCCGCCCUUGUGCCUGCUGGGGCUUCUCUAUAUUUACAAAAAGAGAUCUAUUGUUCCUUAUUCCAUAUUUUAGUAGGUCUUAACAAAAGCAGACUUUCCAUUCCAGUGUCCUGGCUGCCCUGUGUAGCUGUGAAUCCCAUUGAUGUGCUGUAUGUUCUAGUGAAGCCUGAUGUAUUGAGCAGCUGCUGUUACAUCAGAGAGAGAUUCUGUAUCCAAUCAACACAGUGUGUUUGGAUUAAAUGGCCCCCUUGCAAGAGUAGCAGAGCGUGUGAUACAGUACAGUGAGAAAAAGGGAACAAUCCUUCCACUGUAGGCCCAGUAAAUAACCUCCAGUGCAAUUGAUCUAACUAUAAUGCAUGUGUGUGACUGAGCAAAGGCACUGGGAGAAUCACUGAGCUACAUUUACAGUGCUGCUUAACCUUAUUCACUUUCUAACCCUUCACUGUACCCUUUUGCUCGACUGGGUCCAUUGGUAUUCAGUAACCACCACCCCCAUUUAUACACCAGCUUGUACAAAGCUAUUUUCAAUAUAAGUAGAAAACCUACAUAAUGCGGCAGCAGCAAAUAUGCUUAUUUAUUGUAUAUUGCCACAGGUUUCGGUCGGCACUGAGUUUAGCAUAUCUUUCUCUUUCAGUCUCUCUGUAGUUUAGGAGUAGUGAAAAACUGAAUAUCGCUGUACAUUUUGUUCAUCAGUUAUUGCUUGGGACCUAAUAAAAUAUAGGCUUGUGUUUGCUGUAGCACCCUGUGCCCACUGUAAUUGGGGUGCAGCAGUAAUGCCUACAGGUAUAUGUAUAUUCUGGGCAGAAAAUGUUUGCUUUUGCUUUUAAGAAAGGGUUAAAGCUAAUAGGUAUUUUUCUUAUAAAGUGUUAACAUUCCCUGCACUCUUAGCUCUGGCCCCCUGGAAAAUCCCCUGCAGGAAUAGAAAGGAAUGUGGAAGGAGUGUUGACAUUAAAGUAAAACACUAGAGGGAACUGUUUCAUGGCACUGUGCAUAGAUCAGCUAAUGUUUUAUUCUGCCAACAUGCGGUAUUGAUCCUCAGUCAUUUGGGCAUUGUGUUUGUGGCUUUAUUCCUGGCUACUGUAAGCCCAAAAUCAUCUGUACUUUGCUGGGGCCCGUAUGACCAUCGCCUUUUCACUGCUAAAUUAGAAAGUUUGGGAGCCAUGGUAUGUGCGCGCAGAACCUAAACCAUUCUUGCCCUGUGCAGCUCAGGACCUCUGCCCCGUGCAGCCCAGGACCUCUGCCCCCUGCAGCCCAGGACCUCUGCCCCCUGCAGCCCAGGACCUCUGCCCCCUGCAGCCCAGGACCUCUGCCCCCUGCAGCCCAGGACCUCUGCCCCCUGCAGCCCAGAAUCUCUGUCUUGUGUAGCCUGCCUGCAUUUCCGGUGCUUCUGAGUUAUUGCUAUUAAAUUCACUGUAAUGUCCUUCCCAUCCCUUAUUGAUACAUUUUGUCACCCUGUACUAAGUGUUGUAAAAUUCUCAAGAUGAAAUUUAAAAAGAAAAAAAAUACUUAGAUGUUUAGAACCUUGGAGUGUGUGAAAAAUUGUGCAGCUAUGUAUAGAAGAUGAAUUUGUGUAUUUAUUUACUGUGCUAAGUCAGGCUCCAGUCUCAGCGCUUGUGCUUCAUUCCUUUUCUUGUUCCCUUUACUUGUCCUGUGUGUUUCGCCUUUAUUCACUGUAUCUUUCCUUCUCUUCCUCGCCUGUGUGCACUGAAGGAAAACAAGGAAACACACUUUGAUUUCAUGACCUGACGUGUAAAGUUGUUACAUUCUUGAGAAUAAAAUAUGACUUUAAAUUUCA